AUGAGAUCAAGCCCCUGGUCAGCCCUAAACUGGAUGCCUCGAAGCCAUCUGAAAAAGAUCAUCAUCGGUUCGGUCAUUCUAAUGAUUGUCCUCGUCUCUACUGUCAACAUCGAAGUUGAGUACUAUACCUGGAGGAACAGACUGGACCUUGAAGUCAGCGACUUGCACAUGAUCACCACGGGAUCCUCAUCAUCGCUCAAGCCUACUACCAGCAUGUAUGGGAUAUACAUGUAUCUCGGAUGUACUGUUAGUCCGUUUGCCUCGGUCCUCUGGCAUGUCACUCAGGCGGUCAAGGUCUGUGAUCUCUCCAACUCCGAUCGGAUGUGCGACGUCAAGAUGAGCAAGGAUUACGACUAUGAUGAGCUCGGCCUCAAAGCGCAGGAGUGGCUUCAGUCGGGCCGCUUCUCCCAAAUAGUGGAUCAAAACGAGGUCAUUGUCAAACUGGACGACGAUACAAUUGUCUCCAAGGAUGUCCUCGAUGAUUUGGUAGACGCGUUCAUCAAAUCCGACUGCAAGUUUGCUGGGGCGAUGCGUGAGGCGGAUGGAUUCUUUUGGAGCAGCGGGCCGUUGUUCUUGGUCAAGACCGACUAUUUGAAGCAGCAACUCCGGGAAAACGGAGCAGAGCUGCAGUACCACAAAAAGCACGAGGAUGUCCAGAUGUCGGCCCUACUCGCUCUUCAGGAUCGCAAGUCCGUCUGCAAUAUCGACGUCAAUACGUUCAAGCACCGGUACUAUGAAGACAAUCGCAUGCUCAUUCGCUACAAGCCUUAUGUCAAGUGUUAG